CAAUGGUUGUGUUUUGUUUACAUUACCAUGGAUAGAAAUACUAUUGUAUAUCGGGAAGAGCUUUAUCAACAAUCAUAUUGAAAGUAUAUUCUUCAAUCAAUGUCGUGGACUUCAUAAACCUUAUCAACUCAAUUUUAUGUAUUUGAAGAGUUAAAUGUGUUAAAUUACUUCCUGGUUCGUGAAAGAGCAGCAGAAAUAGUUCCAUUAUGAGUUCUGAUGCAGUUGUUGACUGGAAACUGCCUUUUAUACUAAUUAAUAAACAUUAAGUUAGAUGUAAGCGGCAUGGAUUAUGGUUGUGUUUGGUUUACAUCGUGCUUCGGACGCCAGUGGUAAUGAGUCGUCUGAAGUGGAGGUGAGUCGUGGAGACCCCUGUAAAACCCAGGCAAGCAGGCGUUCAGUCGAGCGAUAAGUGAUAAACUUAUGCUUAUUUGUUUUAUGUUCUAUGGUCUUUAUCUUACAUAAUUGUACCUUGUCAAUACAUUUCGCCUUAUUUCCUUUUUUUGCGAUAACUUUAUUGUCGUUUUUGUUUUAUAGAUAAAUCACUAAAAGAGGCUUUAAUCUAUUAUAAAUUAGUUUUACAAGCGAACUGCAGCAACAUUGACCAAUUUGUGGUCAACCAUAAAUGCUAUCUGUAACAAAGUGGUAUAGAUAAAGUGUUUAAAAUCAUACAUUGUAUUGCCGUAUGCUGUAAAAUAGAUCAUAAAGAAGACAAUUGUUUAGUCAAAUUAGUAAUGUAUUUAUUAAAUAUUGAUAGGAGUUCAAAGCACAUUGAUAUUUGAACUAAGUACAUCAUGCUUUGCAAACAUGAAUACUCGCGUUGUUUCAGUGAUUGUUUAACAACAGCAAUUGCAUUAUAUAUUAAUAUAUUCUUAAGAAGGUAUUCGCAGAUAUAAUCAUGGUAUGUCGUGAAUUUCUUUGUGUUAUGUAUAUACUGUAAGUAUUAGGUGUUUUAUGAAGAAGUAAACAGAUUGCCAGUCUGGACAAUCCAACAUUUUUUUGAAUUGUCCGUCUUUUUCAAAUACGAAUAAAUCAUCAAGUCAUAUUCAAUUAUAUACAGAUACAAAUACGUUAUAUAGAUGUAUAUAUUACGAACUAUGCUCGUUUAAAAAUGUUCACUUAAAUUCAAAUAUUUAACUUAAGAUAAUGUUUUCUUUUUGUCUGCCAGUUAAGAAACGACUCCUUAAAAUGAACAUCUUUAUUUACACAUCAAGCAAUCCUUAUUUACUUGAAAUUGUGAAAUCUAAAUUAUUUGAUAAACGUGGAUAAUAUAUCUUUUUAAAUAAUAUGAUAUCAUAUUACAUUUGACCUAAUUUAUCCCUCUAGUACCAUACCGAUCAAUCUAAGUGAGUAAGCUAUUCCUUAUAUUUAAAUGGAUGAUACAUAAACGUAAAUCCUGAUUAACCGCUUGACUGUCGAAGUAUUUAUAUUAGCCGAUAAUUAAAACCCAUGUUUUCAUAUUAUAUAUUCUUCUUCUAAAAAAAACAAAACUUAAAUGAUUCAUUGCUUAUUAUAUAUCUCUUUUUGUUUUAAUUAUUCUACAUUGUUUUAGUCCCGGGAAGGAAAAUAGGUUGUUACAAGGUGUUACUUACUGAAGUGCCUGCCUUUAGCGAUGCGGAUGGCAUACGAUCAUUCUUCGAUAGCGCUGUCGAUGUGCAGCUAGAUGACAAGGCAAGAACGGCACUAGUCACGUUUGGAAACCAAGCAGGCGUGGAAUCUGCUUUGGCCAAACGCUCUUUGACAGUUGGAGGAGAGACGAUUUUCGUACAAAAAUACGAUAUUUCUUCGACCGUCUUAAUGGGCUCGGAGGAGUGUGUAGAAGGCUCCGACUAUGUAUCACAAGAGGAAGAAAAAAUAAAGAUCAUGGUAGAAAACCUUCCGGUUAGUGUCGAUGAGGAAUAUUUGGAGAUGUUUUUUGAGUCAAGAAAGUUUAAAGGUUGCGUCGUGGUAGCCGUUGAUUUGAAUUCAGAUCUUAACAACGCAAUAGUAACAUUUCAACGCGGGAAAGACGUUGAAACAAUUCUGGAAAAUGUGCCCAUAAUGAUUAAGAAACAAGAAGUUACGGUCAAGAAAUACAAACCGGCGCCGCUUUGUACAAUCAUAGUAAGGGGACCAAAUGUUAAUGAGGAGAAUCUUGAACUGUUGGAGAUGUACUUUGACAACGAGAAGAAAUCAGGUGGUGGCGAAGUUGUUGAGAACAGUGCUAGAUAUGAUGCGAAAAAAGACGCGGUAUACAUAACGUUUGAAAGCGAAGUCGUUGCAAAGCGGGUCGUAGAAAGGGGUAGACAUGUACUUAAAAAGGGUCUACUGGUUGUUGGAAUAGCUUAUCCAGAGGCAAACGUGUCAACCGAUCCAAACACUAUGUCAACAGCUCAACAAAGAAUGUCUGGAACUAACAACAUCCACAGUCAUUGUAGUACGUGCGUUAAGAUUUCGUGCAUACAAAAUAGUGUCUGCGCUGUUGUUUCAUGUAAACUUAAAUGUGGACAGCAAUUUCAUUCUUGUAAAGCAUAUGAGCACUCACUUCUGUGCAAAAAAGAGCUCGCAUUUUGCACCAACAAGGUAAAUGGUUGUGAGUUGGUUCUUCCAAGAAAGGAUAUAGCAAAACAUCUGGAAUUCUGCUCUGCCAAUUUGUUCCGCUCUGACAAUCCAAUGGAACUCGUCACUUGCAAAAAAGGUUGUGGGAUUUCUUACCAUGCAUGUAGAGAUGUGGAGCACAAGUAUAUUUGCAAAAAGGAAACUGUGAAGUGUACUAACAGCGAAUUUGGUUGUCCUUUAGAAAUGAAACGGGAAAACAUAAAUUAUCACCUCCAGUUUUGCCCUGCAAGCGUGGUCGUUUGUCAAAGCAAAUGGUUACGUCGGCCAAUGUUGUCUGGAAAUGAAAUGUUGAAUUGCGCUGAAAUAAAGGAACGACCCCGCAUAAUUUUUGGUCAGAUGGAAUUGGCAUUUGCAAUAAUGGAUCAAGACAAGGUCAUCGAAGGCGCGAAAUUACCCCAAGGACAGAAAAUGUAUGAACGACCACUUACGAAUCCGUCGCGUUUGAGCGUUGUUCCAUUUCGUAGCGACAUGGAAAUAAGGGACGUUCUAGCCUUUGCAUCACCUUCAAUAUAUUAUGCGACCAUAAAUAGCACAAGAGAGCGCCAACUAAGGGGAAUGUAUACAUUUCGCUGUGGCAAGGAACUUAGACGAGAUGAAUUUCCUGGACAUAUGAAAACACUUCAUGACAACAUUCAACAAAAUACGCAUGGUUGGUUUGAACAGCGAUGCCCUCUCGCAAGUCAUGGAUGCACGUUUUCUUUUCAAAGGUUUCGACCAACGACAAGCAAUGUCCCCAAAUUCAUCACGGCAUCUGAUACGAUCAGCGUAAGAUACAACUCUCUGGCCGAACCCGUUCUGUGGAACAAAGAUGGAGUAUGUAAUUUCAAUGAACAUCAAUCGGAUCUGAUUACAGAUCAUGGACGUUUUGAGCUUCACACUUCGUUGAAGCUGGACAACAGUAUCACUGUUGUAAAACGAUCUGAAACAGUGUUGUCCCAAACAAAAACGUCGAUCAUAGAGCUCCCGUUCAAGGUCCUGAUAUUGAUAGCCAACUAUCUGGAUGCAAUCAGUCUCCGGAGACUUUCCAGAACAAACAAGCUCUUACAAUCAGUUUGCUGCUGUCUUCUCAAUAAAAAGGGUUUUGUUUCAAUAGUUUGGAAGAAGAGGGGAAAUAGAUGGGAGACAAUUAACAAGAAAUGGAAGUUCAGCGACUGUUUUGAAUCUAUAGAUGGGUGGGAAUUCAAGGAGGAGUCGCCAGCAAUAAUGCUUAAGCAUUUGAAAGUGUGCAAGUUUAAUCAAGAGGAAUACCUGAACCGAAAGGCAAACAUAGGUCCCGGACCAUCCGUUUUGUUUAGAUAAGAUAAACUCAUUCUAGUUCAUCAGUUUGAUCGUGAUAAAUCUAACUGUGGUACGCAUAGCAUCAUCACUCUGGUGAACGAGAAUGGAUAAAUGAUGAACACGCUGCGACCGCUGCUCUGGAUGGUUGUACUUUUGGUAUGAAAAAUAUAUGAACAAGAACAGUUUGCUUCAACGGUUCAGAAAAACACCCGCCUUCACAGUAUUGUAAUCGGAUUAUCGUUUAUUCGUUUUUCUGUUUACUGAAGACAUUUCGAUUCAAUGUCGUUCAAUGUUAUGUGUGUAUGGUUAUAUAAUUAUGGUUAUUAAAGACACUGCAUAUA